UAAUCCUGUCAAAACUGUCAAAUUUAAACGGAAACCUAACCAUACUUUAUUGCGAAUUUUUGGAAUAACUUAAUUUAAAAUGUUAAAAGCGAUGAAAGUUAGUUUAUGUUUAAAAAGAAAUUCGUCAUCGUUAGGAGUUAAAAUGAAAGCAUGGCAAAUCCAUUCAUACGGAGAUUUAUCAGAAUUACAACUUUCUGAACCUCGGGUUCCGAUUAUAGAAAAACCCACUGAUGUUCUUGUACAAGUUAAAGCUGCGUCUGUUAAUCCGGUAGAUAAAAUGAUUAUAGGUGGAUAUGGAAGAGAACUUUUAGGUUUUUUAAGAAAUUACGAACUUGAAUUCCCUUUAACGUUAGGGAGAGAUUUUUCUGGAAUUGUUAUUGGUAAAGGACAUGAUGUGGGUAAAGAUAUUAAAAUUGGUGAUGAAGUUUUUGGUAUUUUAACACCACAAACUCAAGGAAGUCAUGCACAAGCUGUUAGAGUUUGUAGUAGCACGGUUUGUCUUAAACCAAAAAACGUUAAUCAUAUUGAAGCCGCGUCUCUAGCUUAUGUAGGAGUUACAGCUUGGUCUGCUUUAUUUCUAACAGGGGAAUUAAAAUUUCGAUCCCCGAGAAAUACCACUGUACUAAUUUUAGGCGCUUCUGGAGGUGUUGGAACGGUAGCUACACAAAUAUUAAAAUCACAAGGAGCUAUUGUUGUUGGGACUUGUUCAGAAGAUGCCAUGCCGUUAAUUCGGUCUUUAGGUGCUGAUCAAACGUUUAAUUACAGGGAUAAAAACUAUGUGACAAAUGUUGCUGAAUGUGCUAAGUACGACAUAAUUUUGGAUUGUGCUCAAAUUGGGUAUAGAAAUAUACCAAAUUCUUGGUGUUAUAAAAGGUAUAUAACAUUAAAUUCACCUUUAUUAUCAAAUACUGAUAAAUAUGGAUUUAUUGGCGGUAUGGCUGUGAAUGCGGCUGAUGUUAUUGCAUCAAAUUUCCCCAAAAUUUUUGAAGGCAAAACAGUUAGAUGGGGAUUUGUUUUACCAAGCAAAGAAGGGCUACAAUUUAUAGCAUCUCUAAUUCAACAGGAAAAGUUAAAGCCCAUAAUACAUAAAGUGUUUAAAUUCAAUGAAGUUCCAGAAGCUUUCGAGGUAUUCAACAAAGGAAAAAUUCGCGGUAAAAUUAUAGUAGAUUUUUCUAAUGUAUAGUAUUAAAAUUUGAAACAAUAUAUAGUUAAUAUUAUAAACAGUAUAUUAACAAAUAUAAAGAGUACUUAAAAAAAUGGAAUAGAUAUUUUUUAUAACAUUGUAAUAAUAAGUAAAUUGUUUAACAUCCUCUCUUGUAACACACCGAAUAUGACUAAAUAUUUAUAUUGUAACAAUUCUGGAAUGUACUCGUAAUAAAUUGAGCUUUAUCAAAUAA